GUUAACUGGGGCAUUGCAAUUGCAGCCUUUCGAUUCGCUUAGUUGUCUUUGAUUUAAUUCAAGUCAAUGGUUACAAGUCCAUGAAAUGUGCUAAUUAUUGUUUGCACAUUUAAUUGUGGUUUACAAAAAUUCCAAAAUGCAUACAUAUAUGCAUUUUUAAAGCUUUGUUUGCGAAAUAAUCAAAACAUUGCACAAGUCUCAAGUGGUUUUAAAUGUUUUGUUAAGCUUUAAUGUUGCCAACUUUUGUAAAAACUAAUAUACGGAUUAAUUAUUAAUAAGAAACACCUUCAAAGAUAAGGCUGAAACGAAUCGGACUUUAUCAGCAUUUCCACGGAACGCUUACGGCGGAGAGCAGUGCAAAACGGAGCGGAUGGUAAACACAACUGAAAAGUCAACGUAGAGUGAGCCGGAGAAUAGGCGGAAAGAAGAGAGCGAGUGGAGAAACAUAGGUUAAUAUGAGUGAAUAAUUAGCCAUAGGCGGAUCAGUCGAGAAACCAUGCGGAAUAUCAGAAAUCUCAAGGAUCCCACGGCAUGGACAUGGCUCCUCCUGCCCCUCUUGUCCCCCCUGCUCCUCCUCCACCCCGUUCAGGCGGAUCUGACGAAGGUGACCUGCCGGGAGUAUGGAACCACCAUUACCUGCGAUUGUAACAACUCCGACCAGCCUAUGGUUUUACCGCUCCUGCAUGGAAGCGUCUACCUGGUGGAGAUCCGCAAUUGUCGCGACCUUGUGGUGGAGGCCAAUCGGCUGGCAGACACUGUGGGCCUGCGAAAGGUUACCUUCCGCCAGGUGGGUCAGCUGGUGCUCCGGGAACACGCUCUGAGUGUGCCCCGCUAUGCCAGCAACAAGGCACUGAUCGUGGAGUUCGAGCAGACGAACCUCCAGCUGAUCGAGUCGCAUGCCAUCAACGGCAACAUCGAGGAGAUCUCAUUCGUGGGCGGACGGAUCGAGCUGAUGAAGCCCUUCGGGUUCACCACCACCAAGGACAGUGCCAUAUUGCUCAAAUUCGACGGGGUCACCAUCCAGCGCAUUGAAAGUCAGGCCUUUAAGAAGUUCGCCGUGGAACAAAUGACCAUCGCCAACUGUCAAUUUCUGGGUGAUCUGCCCACGCGGGCUUUCUACGAACUGGAGGUCACCAACGAGCUGAGUCUGCGGGGCAAUCACUUCCAGGAGGUCCACUCCCAUGCCUUCUCCUUCAAACUUGUUUCCAAGUUGAGUCUGAGCGACAACCACUUUGUGUCCGUGGACGGCGAGUGGUUGGAGGCCCAAAUCCGGGAUGCGGUCUCCAUCCGAGGCAACGAUUUCGGGGCCACCAGUGAGAUUGCCUUCCGCAGCCUCACCGUUCAUCGAUCGUAUCAACUGAGUGAGCACUUGGAGCUCCGCUUCCACAACAACAGCCUGCGAAGCUCUCGUCCAGGAGCUGAUCCCCGGGUCGAUGGUGCCGGAGUAGCUCAGGUGGCACCUCAACCCCUGCGUUUUGACGACAGAUUCACCGUGAACAUCCGGGAUCUUCGCUAUGACAAUGCCUGGAACUGUGAGCAGCUGGACAGGAAUGUGGAGCCAGCACUGCCACGGGCGGACUUCUUUCGAGCGCACAGUGAUCAGUUGUUGUUCCAUCCACCCGACUAUGUGACCCAGUCCGGCGGAGAACGACAACUCGAGCCGUAUAAGCCACUGCGAACACUAAUCACUGAUCAGUGUCGCCAGCGGAGCUACCUGGCCUACAUAAUCUCGGGAAGUGUGCUCCUGGGAUUGCUCCUGCUCCUGCUGAUCCUCCUGCUCUGGUGGCGAGUGGUGCAAAGACGACGACGCCGCAAACUGGACGUAGUGCAGCCGGAACCGCGCACUUACAAGGAGACUCAGAUCGUAUACCAAAUCGAGAAUGCUGGCCUGCUAAAGACUGAUUUGUAGAUGUCAAGGAAAGACACUGGGAGGAGGUCUAUUCAGAGAUUCCUCCCAGAAACACACAACCCACAGAGACACAGAGCUGAAUGAAGCUAGAGGAGCGGGUGGAGCACCACCACCCAUCAUACGAAACCACCAAUGCGUGACCUUUCGCUGUACCAAAACAAUAGCCUACAAGUUUAGUCGUUAAUAAUCGUAUUCUAUAAUUAUGCUUAAAGUCGUAAUGUUUGUCAGCUUUUAAGAUGCCCAUGUAAAUAGUCGCAUGUAGGCUGGGAUCUUGCCCAGAAAUAUCCAGGUGGGUUCGCCAUAUCCCACCAAAUACUUAUAUGGAAUAAAUCAAUCUAAAGCCAAAA